AAACCAAACUCUUUGGGCCAGGGGGCGACCCCCCCCUCCCCCCGAAACACAUACACGGCACCCGGGGUCAGUCCUCAGUCUGGUUGUCCGGACGGAGGAGAUGUCCAGGAGCGACGCAGGGGACCGCUGAAGACCAGAUGAGGUUUGAGCAUGGGAGGGCUGAAGAGACAGGUGACCCUUGGAAGAAGAGCGACCAUCUGCCUCCUGAUUCUAGUUCUUCUGCAUGGAGCCGUGGGCCAGAAGAAGAAAACAGGUCGCACAAACUACAGACUGAAGGCUGACGGAGGUCAGGCCUGCAACCUCGAUGUGGUCUUCGUCCUGGAUGGCUCCGAGAGGGUGGAGAAACCUCUCUUCGAGGAGCAGAAGUUCUUUGUGUUGGGCUUCAGCACCAUGCUGAGCAAGCAGCAGGUGGACAUGACCAUGAGGGUGCGCAUGGCGGCGCUACAGCACGGCAGCUCUCAGUACGACGGCCUUCGCUUCUCCGACUGGAACGACCUGGACACGUUCCAAGGUCGAGUCAACGCCAUGGAAUAUACGGGCAGCGGUCCUCACAAUGCUUACGUGGUAAAAGAGGCCACACUGAUGCUGCUGCGGGAGACGCCACCGGACAGCACCAGGGUCCUCGUGCUGAUGACAGACGGCGGCAACCAGCCUCACAGCCCCACCUUGGUAUCUGUCGCGGCUGAAGCCAAGAGUCACGGCAUCAGGGUCUUCACCGUGGGCCUGUCGAAGGCCGGACAGCAGCUGCAGAACAACGCCAACCUGCAGGCGGCCGCCAGCACCCCGCCUCAGCAGUUCGUCCAAACGCUCCUAGACCCCCAGCUGGAGGCGAAGAUGCUCAAGGAGAUGUGGAUGGUGGCAGCUGAAGCGUGUCCGCGGGCUGAAGUGUGUCUGUGCGAGAAGGAAGGCUCUCCAGCAAGUCUGAACGAAAGACGAGGUUUCCGAAGACCGGCUGGGCUCAAAGGAUCAAGGGUGGAAUCGGGCGUGAGCGGUCGACCUGGGACUCCAGGUCUGCAGGGUCGUCCGGGACACAAAGGCAACAAGGGGGAGCGAGGCGACUGUGGUGCUCACGGGGACAAGGGUGACACGGGACCACAAGGACCUCCAGGCCUGCCUGGAGCUAAAGGUGCACAGGGUGCGACUGGAUCGUCCGGUGACCCGGGUCCAGAGGGCGCAGCGGGACCGAAAGGCGACCGAGGACAUGAUGGGGCUUUAGGACCUCCUGGGAAUGACGGGGUUGGAUUUCCAGGCACAAAGGGUGAAAAAGGAAAUGAGGGAAAACCGGGUCCUCCAGGUCCAAUUUGCACAGGUGAACCUGGAUUACAGGGUGCCCCUGGACCGAUUGGACCACCGGGGACCCCUGGACCACAAGGUGAAGGGAUUCAAGGACCAAAGGGUGACCGCGGAUAUGUGGGACCUCCUGGCUCUAGAGGGCCUCCUGGUCUGGGGCUCAAAGGCAACAAGGGAAGUCUGGGGCCCCCUGGAAUCCCAGGUCCAGCUGGUACCCCUGGUUUGGGGGUUCAGGGAGAAAAGGGUGAUGAAGGGACGGCCGGGCCUCCAGGUCCGAGAGGAGUACCGGGACUUGGCUUACCGGGGCCUAAAGGCUACCAGGGAUCUCCAGGUGAGCGAGGACCUCCUGGAGAGAGAGGUGCUGGAAUGCAGGGGCCAAAAGGUGACCAAGGUGCACCAGGAUUACCGGGAAUCCAAGGACUACCUGGAGAUGAUGGACUUCCUGGACAGAAAGGGGACAGUGGGCUGCCAGGCCUGAAAGGGUCAGACGGAGCUCCCGGUAAAGGUGUCCCCGGAGAGAAGGGAGAGCGAGGGGAACGGGGGACUCGAGGGGUGUCAGGGCAGGAGGGUCCUAUCGGGCAGAUGGGACCAAAGGGGGCACCAGGAUAUGCAGGCCCACCUGGUUCGACUGGACCACCAGGCAGGGGUCUCCCUGGCCCAAAGGGUGAACAAGGUCCACCGGGCCCAACUGGAGCUGUGGGUGAGCCAGGGCGAGGGUUAAUGGGACCAAAGGGUGAGAGGGGAUUACCAGGUCUUGCUGGAUUCCCUGGCCUUAAAGGCGAAGGAUCUCCUGGAGCACCGGGUCUUCAAGGGCCGCCUGGAGAGACUGGAGAGAUGGGCCCACAGGGAGUGGGCUUACCUGGACCAAAGGGAGACCGAGGCUCUCUUGGACCUCCUGGACCUGCUGGACCUGCUGGGAUCGGAAUCAUGGGUCCAAAGGGCGCUGCAGGACAGAUGGGCCCACCGGGUCCACAGGGUUCACCUGGAGAGGGAAUUCAAGGACAAAAGGGGGAAGCAGGAUUUCAGGGCCUCACUGGUCCACGAGGUCCUCCUGGAGUGGGACUGCAAGGUGACAAGGGAGACCGAGGAGACAGUGGUGAGAAAGGAAAAAGGGGAGACAAAGGCGAGCCUGGAGAAGUUGGGCUCCCGGGACCUCUGGGUCUUACGGGGCAGAAGGGAGAACCAGGACUGACAAGAGAAGACAUCAUCAAAAUAGUCAAGUCCAUGUGCACCUGUGGACUGACUUGCCGUCAAUCCCCCUUGGAGCUGGUCUUUGUGCUUGAGAGCUCCAGAAAUGUCCGCCCCGAAGACUUCAAAUUAGCCCAGGACUUUGUGGUGCGACUCACAGAGAGGGCGUGGGUGGACCAGGACAACACCAGGGUGGGAGCGGUCCUCUAUGGCGACUGGAUCAGAUACGAGAUGCCGUUGGGUGACAGCCGCAGCCUGCAGGAGAUCAAGACUUUGAUACGUUCGAUGUCCCACCUCGGUCAAGGCACACACACGGGAAGUGCCGUCCUGGACGCCAGUUUGAUGUUCACGGAGCAAGAGGAGGGUGUGGGGAAGGUGGCCGUCAUUGUCGCCGCUGGCGUGACGGAGCACAGCGAUCCUGUGAGUCUGGCUAGUGCAGUGGACAAACUCAAGGAGAAAAAUGUGGAGGUGUUUGUGGUCGGAGUCAUGAAGAAGAGCAACAUCGUGUACGAGGAAUUCAAGGAUGAGCUCAACCUGAUGGCUUCGGACCACAUCAGCCACCACACCUUCUUGAUCCCCGACUUCAACACGCUUCCAGUGCUUGAGGACAAACUCCUCAGUCGCAUCUGCAGCGACGGCAACAAAAUGUUCUUCAGUGGAAACCGAUACUCCAUCCCAGAUCCUGGGACCCCUGAGGUGACUCAUCAAGCACCAUCAUCACGGACCGACCCCGAGACAGCAGCCUUCCCCCGAGCCAAACCGACGCCCGGUCCCAAACCAGACACAGAAGCAGGUGCUCCCGUUAAUCCCUCAGCUGAAAACUCCAAGGAUAGAAUUCCAGUCUACGUGGUAGAACGGUUCAGACCUGAGUCCGAGCUGCAACAAAAUGCCAUGUUGACCAAGGCCAGACCCACGAUGACGGCUCCUCUUCAAAGGUCUCCCACGACGUCUCCUUCAAGCAGCGUCACAUCAGAUGCCUGCAGCCAGCCGCUGGACCCGGGCCCCUGCAGGAACUACGUGGGGAAGUGGUACUACGACAGGACGGCCAACGGAUGCGCUCAGUUUUGGUUCGGCGGAUGUCUUGGAAACCUCAACCAGUUUGAGACGGAAGCCAGCUGCACAGACGCCUGCGUCAGGUUCUGACGUGCUCACAAACGCUUGGCUACAAACACAACACACCCUGAAACUCUGGAGUCUCUCCGAGUUGCCAUCACAUGUUGUGCUUUGUCACGAGAAUGUUUAUGUUGGGUCGAGGGUCUGCACUUGUAAAUUGUAUGAAUAAAUAAAGUUAGGAUU